UUGUCUUUGUCCGAUGCUCACCAAGUGGCUUUAUUAAGGGUACCGGAAUUUCUUAGCGGCAACAUUACCUGCGAAGUUUCGAUAGAGGAGAAAUAUACAACCGAAAUAGCAACAGGAUAUCUUUUCGUUCUUGCGCCUAAAACGACCAUUGACAUGCCGCUGGACAGACCACAGAAUGGUGAAUCCCCUGCUUCAUUGAAGAGUUCUGCUGGAUAUACCAAUCACGAAAACUUUAUAGUUUCAAAUCAUGAUAAAAUUAUUAAUCGAGGACAUCAAAUCUCCAAUAAUUUCCAAGUCAUGGAUCCCGCUCGAAUGAUCAAUGUUAAAGAUAGGAGUUGGUUAGACCCUUUCGGAAUAGCUUAUUGA